AUGGGAAACCUUGAUGAAGAUACUGUUGUUGCAGUUAAAGUACUUAAUCUUCAACGCCAGGGAGCUUUCAAGAGUUUCAUGGCCGAGUGUAAAGCAUUGAGAAAUAUCCGCCACAGAAAUCUUGUCAAGGUUAUAACUUCUUGUUCUAGCACUGAUUUUCAGGGUAAAGACUUCAAAGCUCUAGUUUAUGCGUACAUGCCGAAUGGGAGUCUUGAAAAGUGGUUGCAUCCAGCUUGGGAAACAGAAGGUCGGCAGCUUGAAAUUCGGCAUCUUAACCUUGUUCAGAGAAUAAGCAUUGCAAUCGAUGUGGCAUCUGCACUAGAUUAUCUUCAUCACCAUUGUCAGGAACCAGUCCUCCAUUGCGAUCUAAAGCCAAGCAAUGUUCUUCUUGACAAUGACAUGACUGCUCAUGUUGGUGAUUUCAGGCUAGCUAAGUUUCUUCCAGAGAUCUCAGAUGCAAACCAAAGCAGCUCCAUCGGAGUAAGAGGAACAAUUGGAUAUGCAGCCCCAGAGUAUGGCCUUGGAAGUGAGGUGUCAACAAACGGGGAUGUGUACAGUUAUGGGAUCCUACUAUUGGAGAUGAUAACAGGAAAAAGACCCACAGACCACAUAUUUGAAGGAGGCCUUAAUCUUCACAACUUUGUUAGAAUGGCGUUGCCUGACCGGUUGAUGGAAAUUGUGGAUCCAAUGCUUCUAAACAGUGAUGACGAUGAAGCUGAUACCAACUAUAGGCUGAUUCAACAAAGAAACAACAUCAGAAAGGAAUGUCUCGUUCCUAUGGCAAGGAUUGGAGUGGCAUGUUCAAUGGAAUCACCACCAGAUAGAAUGAACAUAACCGAUGUUGUCCAUGAAUUGCAAUUGGUCAGAAACUUUCUUCUUCAACCUAGAACGGUGUUCAUUAAUCAAAGAGUUCAAGCAAUUGCCUGCUCUGUUUCAGAAAUGGGUAUAUGGAUAGGCUGUUCAAUUUAUUUUCAGUCUGUUUUUCUUUUCUGCAUCACAGUGAUGCAAGUUACAACCAUGGCUGCUUCCUCCCUUUUCAUCACAAAAGAAUUGGCUGAAAUGGAGACAGAUGGUGUUGCCUUGCAGGCCUUCAAGUCAAAUAUUAUUCAUGAUCCUCAACGGGUUUUUAACAUGUGGAAUGAUUCUCGUCAUUUCUGCGAGUGGGAGGGCAUUACAUGUGGUCGCAAACAUAGAAGAGUCAGCCUGCUAGACCUAAAUUCAAGAGGCUUGAUUGGCUCUCUGUCUCCUUACAUUGGCAACCUCAGCUUCCUAAGGGAGAUCAAUCUUUCAAACAACAGUUUCCAAGGUGAAAUCCCUCGUGAACUUGGCCGUCUGUUUCGGUUACAAGUUCUACAUCUGGGUAAUAACUCCCUGGUUGGGGAAAUUCCGGCCAAUUUGUCCCAUUGUUCCAGGCUCACAGACUUAUUUUUGGGCCGCAACAAGCUUGAAGGGAAAAUUCCAUUUGAGAUCACUGCCUUGUACAACCUCGAAACAUUAGCUGUACACUUUAAUAAUUUGACAGGAGGGAUCCCAACUUUUCUUGGGAACCUUACCUCCCUACAGAUUAUAUCUGCUUCAUACAAUGCUUUUGGAGGAAAUAUUCCAGAUUCUCUUGGUGGAUUGAAGGAGUUAACAUCUCUUGGACUUGGCGGAAACAACUUGUCCGGUACAGUUCCCCCUUCCAUGUACAAUCUUACUUUUCUUGCUAUUUUAUCUGUGUCUGAGAAUCAACUUCAUGGAAAUCUUCCACCAAGUUUAGGUCUUACUCUUCCACAUCUCCAAUUAUUUCAAAUCUCACAAAACUUCUUUUCUGGAUCCAUUCCAGUAUCUUUAUCCAAUGCUUCAGAGCUUAAAUUUUUUGAAAUAGUUGGUAAUCAUUUUUCCGGAAAACUGUCAGUUAACUUUGGAGCCAUGCAACACCUUUCAUACCUGAACCUAGGCUCUAAUAAUUUAGGAAGUGGGGAAGCUGAUGAGAUGAGUUUUAUCAGUUCAUUGGCAAACUGUAGCAGUUUGCAACAAUUGAAACUGGAUCAAAACCAAUUCAAAGGAGAAUUGCCUCAUUCAAUUGCUAAUCUCUCAACUCAAUUCCAGUACCUAGUCAUUAAUAUAAAUCAGUUGUAUGGAAGCAUCCCUUCAGGAAUAGGUAAUCUUGUCAACUUAAAUUUAUUAGGCAUGGAGAAUAACCAAUUUACAGGCACAAUUCCCAAAGAAAUAGGUAAGCUUCAGAACCUACGUUGGUUGGCCCUUCAUGACAACCAGCUCUCUGGGGAAAUUCCCUCCUCCCUAGGAAACUUAUCGACACUGGAUGAACUUCACUUGAAUAAUAACAAAUUAUCCGGAGUCGUCCCUUCUAGUCUAGGAAAUCUGAAACGAUUGCAAAUUUUGCAUCUUUUUGAAAAUAACCUCAGUGGAACCAUACCCGAAGAAAUUUUCAAUAUUGUACAUAUGUCAAUUUCCCUAAAUCUAGCCCAAAACCAUUUUGUAGGAACUAUACCUCCAACUAUCGGUAGCCUGAAAGACCUAACGAGAUUUGAUGUGUCUAAUAAUGAGUUGUCUGGUGAAAUUCCAAGCGAAAUUGGUCUUUGUUCUAUUCUUGAGAAGCUUUAUAUGGACAGCAACUUCUUCAAUGGAUCUAUUCCAUCAUCGUUAAGUUCUUUGAGAGGUAUUCGAGACAUUAAUCUUUCCAGUAACAAUUUGUCCGGUGAAAUUCCGAAAUUCCUGGAAACUCUUCCCUUGAAUCAUCUGGACUUAUCCUUUAAUGAUUUAGAGGGGGAAGUACCAAUGAAAGGAGUUUUUGCAAAUGAAAGUACAGUAUCAGUAGCUGGAAAUAGUGGUCGACUUUGUGGGGGAAUAGCUAACCUGCAACUACCCAAAUGCACAAACAAUGGCUCAAAAAAAGAAAAGACCUCUCGAGCAUUCAAAAUAAUAAUUUCAGCUGCAGGCGCCUUUGCAGGAUUAGUCAUGGUGUCAUUUUUGAUUUUCUAUUGGCUCAGAAAGAGGAGAGGAAAGCAACCUUCUGGACUGAUCCUGAGAAAGAAAAUUUUGAAAGUAUCUUACGAAAGGCUUCUUAAAGCAACCAAUGGAUUUUCCUCAACACAUUUGAUUGGUGUGGGAAGCUUUGGCUCUGUGUAUAAGGGAAUUCUUGAAGAAGAUGGAACAGUUGUUGCCAUCAAAGUACUUAACCUUCAACGUCAAGGAGCUUCCAAAAGUUUCAUGGCUGAGUGUAAAGCAUUAAGAAAUAUUCGUCACAGAAAUCUUGUCAAGGUCAUUACUUCAUGCUCUAGUAUUGAUUUUCAAGGUAAUGACUUUAAAGCUAUAGUUUAUGCGUACAUGCCAAAUGGGAGUCUUGAAGAGUGGUUGCAUCUUGCUCCAGAAACUGAAGAAGAGCAACUUGAAAUGAAGAAUCUUACUCUUCUUCAGAGAAUAAACAUUGCAAUCGAUGUAGCAUCUGCACUAGAUUAUCUCCAUCACCACUGCCAAUAGCCAGUCCUCCAUUGCGAUCUAAAGCCAAGCAAUGUUCUUCUCGACAGUGACAUGAUUGCUCAUGUCGGAGAUUUUGGGUUAGCGAGGUUUCUUCCAGAAGCCUCAAAUCCAAACCAAAGCAGUUCUGUUGGUGUCAGAGGCACAAUUGGGUAUGCAGCCCCAGAGUAUGGUCUUGGAAGUGACGUUUCAACAAAUGGGGAUGUUUACAGUUUUGGGAUCUUAUUGUUGGAGAUGGUAACAAAGAAAAAGCCCACAGACCUUUUGUUUGAAGAAGGCCUCAAUCUUCACAACUUUGCUAAAAUGGCCUUGCCUGACCGUGUGAUGGAAAUCGUUGAUCUAAUGCUUCUAAACAGCGGUGAAGAUGAGGCUGAUACCAACCAUAGGCUGAUUCAACAAAGAAACAACAUCAGACAAGAAUGUCUCGUUUCUAUGGUGAGGAUUGGAGUGGCAUGCUCAAUGGAAUCACCACAAGAUCGAAUGAACAUAACCGAUGUUGUCCAUGAACUGCAAUCUGUCAGGAACUUCCUUCUUGAACCUAGAGCCCGGUUCAGCCGGCAAACAGGUGUAAAUCAAUAGCUUUUGUUGUAUAGGAGUUACAUUCUACGAAGGCAUUUGUCAUGUUUUUGGAACUAUAAGUCCAACUUUGGUAUUAUGAUAAAAUAAAAGG